UUCUGCAUAUUCCCCUGUUCGUUGUACAAGCGAUGCCUUCUCGUUUUGCCCAGCUCAUCUCCUUCUAUCUCUCCUUCUUCCUCCUCCUCUUCGCGCCGCCCUCGGCGUCGGACAUUUCCCUGCACGCCCGCAACGUCACCCUCUACGGCGAAGCUUCCUUCGGCGACCAUUCCAUCAGCCUCACGCGAAACCUCAGUCGCUGCGCUCCUUUUUCCUCCUACUCCUACUCUUCUGCUUCCAGCGGCAUCAGCAGGGCGUUCUAUGCGCACCCGGUUCGCUUUCUUGAUCCUUCGUCGAACUCUUCCGCGUCUUUCUUCUGCCGCUUCUCAUUCGCCAUUCUCCGCAACCCCUCGUGCCCUUUCGGCGACGGCCUGGCAUUCUUGAUCACGUCCGACCCCGAUUCUUUCAGCCCUCAGGACGGGUACUUGGGCCUCCCUGCGCCGGCAUUCGGAUCCCAAGAAUCGUCCUUCGUGGCUGUUGAGAUGGACACGAGCUUCGACCCUUCAUUUGGGGACAUCAACGGGAACCACAUCGGCAUCGAUGUGAAUUCGGUGGAUUCCCUGGCUUCAGUUGAUGCGGUCGCGAGAGGGGUCGAUCUGAAAAGCGGGAAGCAGAUCACCACCUGGAUCGAGUACAGGAAUGCGGUCAAAUUGGUCCGCGUUUGGGUCAGUUAUUCGCAUAUCCGGCCGAUAAGUCCUGCACUGGUCGCACAGAUUGAUCUCUCCACGCACUUCAAGGAGUAUAUGCACGUCGGGUUCUCCGCAUCGAAUGGCAAGGGUUCCGCAGUUCACAUUGUUAGUCACUGGAGGUUCAGGACUUUUGGGCUUUUGCCGACUUCGGCUUCGGCUAAUGACAAUGUCCACGAAGGGGAGUGUUUAACGUGCUCAACCGAAGAUUCAAUCAUUGAUAUGGACGGCUCCGAGUCUGGUCGCCGUGACGCAGGGACAAAGACAAGGGACAUGGCUCUUGGACUUGGAGGUUUAGCAGCUUUUCUAAUUUCCUUGAUCUUGAUUUUGAGUGUGGCUAGUUUUUAUCUGAUGAGGAACUCAAGGCAGAGAAAGAUGAGAACCCAGGCAGGCCCGAUAUUCCAAUUGAACAAGGUCCCAACCAGACUCUCGCUUGCAGAAAUCAGAGCCGCCACGAUGGGAUUCAGCAGGAGCAAGAUCAUUGGCGAAGGCGCAUCGGCCACCGUCUACCAGGGGUCUCUGCCAUCUGGCGGGACUGUGGCCGUCAAGAGGUUCGACCGCGAGAAUCGGAUCUCGAAUUGCCGGUGCCCAUUCACGACUGAGUUUGCCACCAUGGUCGGCUGCUUGCGGCACAAGAAUCUACUCCAGCUUCAGGGUUGGUGCUGUGAGGGGAACGAACUGCUCCUGAUAUAUGAAUACAUGCCCAAUGGAAGCUUAGACACGUUCCUUCACAAGAGUUCGAACUCGGUGAAGUUCCUUUCCUGGGAACAGCGGAAGAAGAUUGUCCUCGGAGUCGCCUCGGCCCUUGCCUAUCUACACGAAGAGUGCGAGAGGCAGAUCAUUCACAGAGAUGUGAAGAGCUGCAACAUUAUGCUCGAUUCGGAGUUCAACGCCAAGUUGGGGGAUUUCGGCUUGGCGGAGGUGUACGAGCACAGCUGCAGGACCCGGGCAGUGACCAUACCGGCGGGGACGAUGGGGUACUUGGCACCCGAGUACGUGUACUACGGCGUGCCCACGACGAAGACCGACGUGUACAGCUUCGGGGUGGUGGUGCUGGAGGUCGCCACAGGGCGGCUGCCGGUGGAUCGAGGCGGGGUCAUCCUGGUCGACUGGGUGUGGGGCCUGUGGGAGAAGGGGAGAUUGAUCUCAGCCGUCGAUCGGAGGCUGAGAGGGCGGUUCAACGAGGCCGAGGUGGCGAGGAUGCUGAGAGUGGGACUCUGCUGCGUGCAUGCUGACCCUGAGAAGAGGCCUACCAUGAAGGAGGCCGCCAGGAUGUUGAAGGGAGAAGACCCCGUGCCGCGUUUGCCGCCUCGGAAGCCAACGGUGAGGAUCCGGUCAGUCUUGCCGGAGCAGUCCAGGGAGAUACUGGCCAGCAGAGGGGAUCAGAGCCCCGGCGUGUUGGAUGACUUGCCGUACAUGACUCCUAAAAGCCAUUUCGGUUAGUUCUUCCGAUGCGCCACCCUUCUCUAAUUUCGCCGGAG